GCAACUCGCGUUACCCUCGACGAGUUGCCCGCGCGACGCCUUCCCAUCCUCGUCUUCCGCUCAGUCUCCGCGACAUCUCAUUCCUUCGAAUCCAGCCGCUCCUUGUUUAUCUCGGCGACUGGCUGGUCCGGACGCUGUCUCUCUUACCCAGUCUCUCGUUGCCGAUACCUACCCUUCGCCUACACAGCCUGCACUGGGCACGCUCACCGUAUAAGCAUGUGUGGAGGAUCUACUUGGAAGCGAGAGACCGUCCCGGACCAUAAGUUCGAUUUCGUCGAUACACGAGAUUUCACUGAUCACUCAUGCGGAAUGCGAAUGAAGUACAUGUGGCUCUACAUCACAGUGCUCAUUUCAUUCCUGGUCUACAUCUCCGAUAUCUUCACAGCAGUAACCAUGUUAACCUCUGAUACAUGGUCCAAUGAGAUCUAUAAUAGUUGUCCGCCAGACGAAACCAAUGGAUGUGUAUAUAUUCCGUUCAAAAUUGGAAAGUGGUUAUUCUUUGGCUGUAUUGUUGCAUCCUUCGUACUGCUUGCCUACGAAGCGUAUAAGGCAAAGAAGAUUAUCGCGAGUCGUGAUAUUUCAUACGCCUUUACCAAUGUGAUGGCUAAUCACUACUAUUCCUUGAGAUCAUACGACCACUUCUGCUUCUUCAACCACAUCAGCAGUUCCACUAAGCGGAUGGAUGAUUUUGCCUUCUUUGUGUUCUUCACUUUCAAGGGCUGGAAGCGCAUCAUUUUUGCCGAAGGACCACGUCAAUCGAUCAAUGCCCUCACCUUGUAUGCUCUCUUUUUGGCCAAGAAGAACAAGGGACAGUGGUACGACGUCUCUAAGUACUUCAGUGGGAAUAACUACAUCACCACGGCUCUGACGAUCUCCACUGCGUUCACUGUGUUCAUUUUCGCCCUCUCUUUGCUGAUGCUCAUCAUCGCGGGUAUUUGCUAUAUUCCCUUGUUGGCCUAUAUUCAGGGCAACCUGAAGGAAUAUUGCUGUUAUAAGGUCGAUAAGCGUAUUGCCGAAAUCAUCAAACGGCGGAACAAGCAGCGCUUGGCUAAGGCUGCGGCUCUUGCGAGGAAAGAAGCUGCUGGAGACUUCUCUCAUCUCAAGAACAAGAAGGGAGAGUUCGUUGCUAAGCCUCUGCCUCAACCGACCUUGCCGAACGUAUUGCUCGACGAUGACGACGAUAAAGCAUCAGUUCGCGGUCCGGCGCCCAGUAUUUACAGCACGCAAAAUGACUAUUACUAUGAGGCGAAGGGUCGCUCGCAGGCCAACGCGGACUACAACCCGGCCGAUUAUCCCCCCAUGCCUGCCUACAACCAGCCUUACUCCCAACAGCCGCAGUACACUGCAUCAGUGGGCGCGUUGAACGACGAUCACAGCAUGUACGAGGACGAAUACGGCAGCACGGCACAUCUGACGUCGAGCGCUGCACCAUUCGCGAGAACGGAACCCACACGAUCAAACAUGCGCAAUCCGUUCAGUCUUUAUGGGGAUCAGCAGAGCCAGAGCGCAGUGGCUCUAAAUGCGGACUACGCUGCUACCCAGCGCCUAUCGCAUGUGUCGGAUGGAAUGGGCUACGACCAAAUGCAAUAUGGUCAGCAAGCAUCGCAUGUGUCAGAUGGAAUGGCGUACGACCAUGCGCACUAUGGUCAGCCUACGUCGCAAGCAUACGCGUCUCAAUAUAGCCAGCCGAUGUCCCGAGUAUCGAACGGGUAUGCGCACGAUGCAGCCCCGCAAUACCAGGCGCAGGCUGGCUAUUACCACACUGGAGCUUAUGACUAUGACGCGGGGCAGGCUCAUGCACUAUAGUCAUCCACAACUUUUUCGAUUUUAUUUUUUCUUGCAUCCGUCAUGCUCAGACAAUGCAGUUUUUAGUACAGGUCUCAGAACGCCUAUCGCUACUUUCUUCCUAUUUGUCCCUACAGGAGAUCUUGACCAUAGUACGCCAUGAAUAUGAUUGUACCCAUA